UGGAGACAGAAUUAGUGCUGAGAAAGCACCUAAACCUCAAACAACCUUGAUGGUGUGCAUUUUAAAGGUCGCGUCAGCAUAGAUUUGGUUUUGUUUUAUUUAUGUUACAGACUGUUUUGUGUAUCAAACAACUGAGAAAAAAAAGAUAUUUACAGACUGAGCCAACAGAGCAAGUGUGAGGAAGUCGUUUUUUCAUCACAUUGUUUCGCUGUAUCUGCUGUCUCAGAUGCCUCACUCAUUUGUUUUUAGCUUUUGAACAUGAACGCCGUUCAAAAGACCUACUACAUUUUCGGAGUUCUUUUGUUUUUACUUCAGCAGGAGACAUGUGCUGAAAAAAAGCCAGAGAUUUUACAUAAAGCUGUUGGGAGUUCCCUGCAUCUAUUUACGGAUUAUCCAAAAGACAGUCUUACUCAAAUUGAAUGGAAAUUCUGUCAGAAAACCUUUGCUGAGUAUUAUCAAUCCAAGUUCACCCUAUUUACAGAUAUAAACUACUCAUUUUAUGGAAGGUUACACACUAAUGAGAGUGAUAUAAGUGUUACAGUUAAAAACCUUCAGUUAAAUGAUUCUGGAAAAUUCUCAAUUGUUCAAGAAGGAGAUGGAAUUCAAUUUGAAACGAAAGAAAUUCAGCUACAUGUGCAUGAUCCUAUCAGCGCUGUAAAGAUUCAGAACAAUGUAAAUUGGCUGCAGUCAAAAAACAUGUGUACGUUUCAUCUUCAUUGUGUGACGUUUGGGCAUGUGAAUGCCUCCUUUAACUGGAGUGGGUAUCAGGUGGGAAAUGGACCACACUUGUCUUUCAAUCUCACGGCAGAAGCGAGAGCCACAUUAAACUGCACAGCCAGCAACCGUAUCAGUGUCAAAUAUACUACUACAACUGUGAUGUGCAAAAAGGAAAAUGGAUCAAAUGUGACAUCAGGUAUUCCUCAGGACUUGUUGCUCAUUGCAGUAGGGGCUGGAAUUGCUGGCAUUGCUAUGAUUAUUGCAAUUAUAGGAGCUUUCUACAAGUGGAGAAAUCCGAAAGGGGAGAGUGAGGCUGGAAUUACAGUGUAUGAAGAUAUAAAGCCUGAUUCUGUUAUGAAGAAGCGGUCAGAGAGUAUGAAUAAUGGAAUGACUAUUUAUGAAACAGUGGAUGACAUGAAAGUCACUCCAAAGCUGCCUCCAGAAUCUUCCUACAGCCUACAGACUCUUUAUGACAAAAUCAACUUUGAACGUCACCCGGCAGUCACACCCACCACUUCCUCUCCCUACCAAGUUGUGCUGUGAGUUACACAGUCACAGACUAUUUAUGCUUCAUUUUAAAUUCACAUCUCUGGAUCUGUUUCAUUACUAUAUGUUCAUACGUAUUAUUGCCUUAAGAUGAUUGCUUUAAAAUUCUGACUGAACCCUUGCAUUAUACUAUCUUAAUAUGUGCUCAAGCAUAUUAUAUGUGCUCGGUUGUGGCGCUGAACUUUGUAACAGUGAAUAUUGUAAUGCACCAAAAAGAUGCACAGGCCCAAGAGCACUUCAGCUAUGACUGCCAUGACUGAAUAUUCUAACUGUUUAAUUCUGGAAGACAUUUAAUCCAAUUAAUUUGUAUCCAUAUGUCAACAGUGAAGAAACUUUACAAUAUGACUUUUUGGCAUUAAAACAUGUUCAGUAUUGAAUCUUGGUGUAAAGAAUGUUGAGUGACAUACUCUUUGAUCUCUCCUUUCUUCUUUAAAAUUACGAUUAGCAUCAUUUUACUCACCAAUUAUGGUAAAUGGCAAGUAAAAAAACAACAAAAAAACAUGAUAAACAAAUUGGUAACUGUAAUACUUUAAAGUAACACCAGAAAGCAAAGUAAUCAGAUUACUGAUACAAUAUUUUAAAACUAAAUAAAUCACAUCUUUUGAAAUAAUGCAAAAUCGUUUUGGCCAAAGAUGGUACUGUAGGUGCCAAACCUCCUCCAAUCGAUAAAGCAUAGGGUUUUUUUUAACACGGUUGUGCAGCAUUGAGCAUUAAAACCAGUAUUAAGUGAAUCAAUGAUAUUCAUUGAUUAUAACUGUACUUUUGUUAAGUCCCCUGCAAACAAAGGCAAGUCCAAAAGACGUCUUUCCAUGUCGUUGAUAACGUUGCAUAGAUGUCCCCUGGGGAGCCAGAACCCAGAUAGCAAAUUUUUGC